AUGAAGUAAACAGAAACUGGAUCUGCUGUCAUUUCCCAAAAAAAGAUGCGUGGUGUAUCACACAAGAAUUUGAUGUAUCUUUGUGUUUCGGAACCAGGGAGACUGAACGAAGACUGUUAUCACUAACACGCAUAAAGUAUACUACACACGUUUUCCGUGUAUCCUUUAAAAUGUUUUCUCUCUUGCUGCCAAGGACUCACUAAAUCUAAACUAAACUAAAUCACAUACUUAUGUAUGUAACGGUUUAUAAGAAAACAUAACUGAAACAUACUAUUCAAAAUGAUCCGUCGACGCGCUCCUCCUGCUGGGAGAGGAAUUCCUUUUUUUAUCUUUUUGGAUGUAAUAUUUGCAAUUAUAUUUAUUAUCAAAGAUGUAAUUGUGGCGAUACACACAACACUGAGACGGAUAUCUUCUGAUGCACCGAUCAUUGUACUGGGCGUGUGCAUUAUCGGAACGGUACUGCACAUAUGUUUACAGACGGUGCCAACUGUAUCAUCUGCCCAGGUAGACAUUUGGGACUGGAUAGACAAGAAUGGCUUAAAACAGUACAAUAAAGUGUUUACACAACAAGGUGUACAAACAAGCAAAGACUUACUGUCCAUGGAGCUGGAGAAGAUGCCAGAAUUUUCUGCACUAACUCUAGAUAAACAACUGGAACUCAGAAAUGCAUUUAAUGCAUUAAAAGAAGAAACCUAUCUCCAGUUACUUUUAGAGAAAAACAAAGUUACUGCACCAGUUUUCGACAGGUUGAAAGCCAAAGGAGUAAUGUCUUUGAUGGCUCUGUCACAAUUGUCUGACCAAGAGAUACAGAUGGUCACAGAGGUAGAUGGCACAAUUACAGACCUCCUAAACCUGAAACACUGUGUCACACAUGCCAGGGACUACAGUGACAACAGAGAGGAACUUUACCUCUACAGUCAAGUGGGAAAGGAAUUUGAUUCAGCCAUCAGUCCACUCGCAAUGAAGAUAUUCAAAAUAGUGCUGACCCUUCUCCUGGGAUCAAUUCUAUUGACUUUAUGCAUCAUGUUUGAGUGUGUAAGAAGUGUGUUCCAUAGACGACCCAUUACACUCUCCGGAGGAUCUGUGGCCCCCUUCAAUUGGCGAUCCCGUCUACCAUCUUCAAGAUCUGUGGCACCUGCUGCACCCUCACUUCCUGUCCAGAAUGUGGACAAAGGCUGGUUGUGGAACAUAAUAUGGGGUACGAAUGUGUCUGCCCAGUACUGUGUGGUCCAGUGGGGCUGGACAGGCCCUCAUGGUGUCGGCAGCACCAUGUCCUUUACUGUGCAGUUAUUCCGAAAAAAUGGUAACCCGUAUGUGAUAGUGAAUGAGGAUACAAGUAAUAUUAUUGUGGAGAUUUUACACCGCGGAGUUAAAGUGGCAUGUACUAAACAACAAGACAAGGAGGGAGGUAGAUCAAACGUAGUCCGUGUUUCCUUCACAGUCCACCGCUCAGGUCCGUACAAAAUCUCAAUCAUGGUCUCCGGGAAACACAUCAAAGAUAGUCCCUUCACUAGAGAGUUUGAUGCAGGGCCUAUCGAUGCCAGCCGAACAGGAUUCACUAACUAUUGUUCCACGAUAGUGUGUACCGCGGGCACUCCCUAUCCCCUCACCAUUGAGACACAGGACUCCUUUGGUAAUCCAGCUGUCUACAAAGCCGACCAGAACCACUACUUCAAAAUCAAAGUUAUAGAAACAGAGAGCAAAAUCAAGUAUGUGCCUGCCACCCAACUCGUCAACAUGCCAGACAAGAAACAACUGAAUAUGCGAAUCACCAUGGCAAGGGAAGGCUGCUAUCAAGCCUCCGUUUCCUAUGGAGACAUGAAACUGAGGAACGGGGAUUUUAACAUUCUAGUCAUUAGCACUGAGGACAUGGCCUGUGUCAACAAGAAUAUGGCCCGCAAGUCUCACAGCAUUUGGUAUGAGGCACGGCUUCUCCAAGGGAACCCAUCCUCUGAAGAAAAGGCUAAAAAAGUGUAUGUCUACAUAUCUCCAAAGCAACUCACAUUAAAAGAGUACUACCUGAAAAUUAUUGGCAAGAAGUUAUUUACAUGGCGAGUUUGUCCAUCAACAAAGUUUUACUUUAGUGGCCACAAUUCUCGCUAUGACCUACCAGUGAUGACUAUAUAUGACUGCUGCCAGCCUCCCGUAAUCCUAGCAGCCAAGGAGCGCAGUGUGAUAGCUGCUACAUUCACUAACUUCUUACUCAGAAAUAUUGGUGGCUCCGAAACAUUCCAAGAUAAACAUACAUACUUUGUCCAAGAAGUGAGAAAACUACAGAAGAGAGGAAAUGUCACACUUAAGAUAGACCGUUCAAACUUCUUAAUUAGUUCAUACAAAGCAACAAGAAACUUCGACACAUCGGACUGGUACAAGACUUUCCACAUUGUGUUUGUUGGGGAGCCUGGGUUAGACUGGGGAGGACUGAGGAGGGAGUGGUUUGAGAUGCUAUGUACUGAACUGUUUGAUCCGUCCCGCUCAGGACUGUACACACGAUUUACAGAAGAUUCCCAAGGCCUGGUACACCCUACUCCGACCAGUCGCAGGAAACAUGAACUCAAGUUAAAGUAUUAUGAGUUUGCUGGAAAGGUGGUGGGAAAGUGUUUAUAUGACUCGGCCUUGGGAAGUGCCUACAGACAGCUUGUCAAGGCCAGAUUCUCAAGGUCAUUCCUCGCCCAACUCAUAGGCCUACAGGUCAACUACAAGUACUUUGAGACAGACGAUCCUGAGUUAUAUAAAACCAAGGUUCGGUUUAUAGAGGAGAAUGAUAUAGACGAUAUGGAGCUGACAUUCUCAGAGGAGGAAUACUGUGAUGGACAGCUACAGCGAGUGGUAGACCUAAUUCCUGGUGGCAGUAGUAAACCAGUGACCAAUGAUAACAAGCAGCAUUACCUGAACUGUCUGGCUCAGUACAAACUGUCCAGCAGUGUGAAGGAAGAGGCAGACCAUUUCCUGAAGGGUCUUAAUGUCCUCAUCCCAGACACUCUCCUUAGUAUAUUUGACGAGAAUGAAUUAGAGCUGCUGAUGUGUGGUACUGGUAACUACAGUAUCACAGAUUUCAAAGCCCACGCUGUGAUAGAGGGAUCCUCCUACCAUUUCUUCAAGGUUCUGGACUGGUUUUGGACGGUGAUUGCCAGUUUUACGGAGGAACAGAUGGCACGACUACUACAGUUCACCACUGGUUGUUCUCAGCUUCCUCCUCAAGGCUUUGCUGAACUUAAUCCAAAAUUUCAAAUAUCAUUCUCACCCACCUACAACACAUUACCUACAGCACACACCUGUUUUAACCAGCUGUGUUUGCCAGACUAUGAUUCAAUAGACAGUUUCCACCGAUCUCUGUUGCUGGCCAUCAAUGAGGGGGCUCAGGGAUUUGGACUGGUGUGAUAGGACAUCAAUGUAAUUUACUUACUGGAGAAUCGUUCUAACUGCGAUAAGCAGAGUGACAAUAUUGCCUUUGAGAAACCAUGAAACAAAGAAACUUGGACUUACUGAGGAUACAUAAAGUAACCACAUAAACAGGAAAAGUUCUUGGAAUAAGCACAACAAUGCAAGAUGAAGAAUGUCUGAUUCUUUGGAGUUUUUCACUGAACUGAACAACAUUUGUAAUCUACUUAACAACAUUUGUAAUGUUGUUGUAUACUAGAAAUUAGUAAUAGUUUGUAGUGUUUCCUACUGACGAGACAUUACUGCACUCAAGCUGGGUUAUUUUUAUUGUAGGAGAGGUUUGUUACAGAUAUCUGUUUAUUGGAUAACUACUUGACACAAAGUAAAGUGCAAUGCAACUUAUAGAAGGAGAUGACUGUUACUCAGCACAGUCAUGGUAGUGGUUCCAGCAGCUCAUAUGGAUGUUACCUUGACAUCAGAGAUGGCCAUUACUCUACCCAAGUUGGAGCUCGUUCAUCAAGAGAAGUUGGUGUAGGGUGUUACUCAUGCUUUUUACAGUUUACAGAGUGUGUGAGAAUGUAUGUGUGCUUGUUAAGAAAAAGACUGUGAUUUUUCUAUUGAUACAAUUCUGUUGAAAUCAGAGGAAGACUUGGUGACCUGCUGUUCAAUUGAAGCUUAAUUUAAUUUUCAUAUUAAAUUUGUUUAUUGACAAAUCAACGACCUUGACAGUCUUUCAAGGUCACAGUUGUCAAAAAUAUGAAAAACAUUUUUUAUGAAAAGACUCCAUCUGAGGUGUCAUAAUGCAUUGAAAGUGACAAUGUUUGGUAUAUUGUUUGUCUGAUUAAAUAUAGAAAUAUGUUUUUUAAUACUGUAUCAUUUUGAAAUGGAUUAUGAAUGAAAAGUAUUAGUAUACUCUAGAAUGAUAAAAAUUCAGGUGAGAUGUACAGGCCAAUGGGCCUCUUAUUGACAUCAUUAUGAACUUUUUCCAGUUGAUUUAUUUGCUCAGUAUGAUUGUUAAGAUACAUAAACAGGUUACUCAGGUACUGGAGCUGUAUUUGUAUCAGUUAGAGAUGUGGUUUAUGUGCCUGCUACUUCAAAGAAGAUUUAGUUUUUCAUUUGAAGCUAUACUUGAUUUGCUGAGAGGUUCUUGUUGAUAUGCAUAUAUUGUUAUGUAAAUUUUUACCACCGAUUAUUGAAUAUGCAUUCAUAUUUAACAUUGAAUGGAAACAUGGAGUGUACUUACCGGACGUGUUUACAAUGGACCAGUUACGAUAUUUCAGGGUUUUUACUGUUCAUCCUUGUUUUUGUGUGAUGUGUGUUAUUAACUGUAUAUCGACACAUUCCUCACUCCAGGGAAAUCACUACAUUUGCUAUUAUUGUCGAAUACUUAUUUGACCUGAAGAAUUUACACAACUGUGAUAUUGCCAUUUUGUGAUUUAUUUCAAAUCAAAAUGUACCCUUUAGUAUACAAAAAGUUUAUCUGAGAAUUUUAUUUGAUUUCUACACAACAACACUAUAUUGAAAAUGGCUGUUCCCCCCCACCAACAUUAUCUGUCUUUGUGUUCGUAAUAGAUUAAUAAUUAAGUAUAGUAUAUUCCAUGUUUUUAUAAUAUUUUUCAUGUAUUGUUAUCAAGUUAUCUCUUCGUUUUGCCAACUGGGGAUGUGAGCAUAUCACAAACUUUAAGAAUGAUCAUUGAUGUACCGACAUAAUAAAAUACGUAAUAAGAUCCUGCUUCCAAACAAGGGGGAACAGGUUGUCAAUACUAAUGUCGCCUUUCUCUCAGCACUUACUUUUUCGGAGAAUUUGGCAGGAUCCAAAGGCUGGUACUUUACAUGGUAAUUCACUGUGAUAUGUAGAUGGGCAAUAUGGUCAUUUGUGUAAGUAGAUUAUUCUCAAGGCUAUUGGGUCAAGGUCAAGGUAGAGUUCUGUAGGUCUGUAUUGUAACACUCAGAUCAUGGUCACAAUUAGGUAGGUGAUGGCUCUUUUCUAGUGAGUCAGUGUUGUAGUUAAGGUUUAGAUAUCCUGUUUGUAGGAGUAGAUUUUGGUACAAUAGUCUGCAUAGCUAGGUCUUUACAGCAAUGAAAUGGUGCAAUAGUAUCUUGUGUUAAUCUGAAAUCAUUAUAAACAAUCUAAUUGAAAUUACACUGUUAAUUUCAUCUCCUAUACAGUCCUUUAUCAGUACACUGAGUAUAUACCAGUUAUUUACCAGUGUUGAUUAUCUGUAUCAUAAAUGAUUGCUGAGGAACAGAAAUUACAAUUAUCUUGAUUAAUAUAAUGCCUUAUUUCUGGUGAUGUUGGAGUUAUCUCCCCUAGUAAUUACUAGACCUAUAUACAUUUAUAUUGUAUUACAAGUAUACAGGUAUUUGUGGUGUCAUAAGAACAUAAAUAUAAUCAUUAACAAUAACAGUGUUUGUAAAAGAACUCGGUUGUCUCAUAGAUAAUGUACAACACUAAUUAAUAGAUGUGACAGGAGAUAACGGUCAGUGUCACCAAGACCUGGACAGGAGAUAACGGUCAGUGUCACCAAGACCUGGACAGGAGAUAACAGUCAGUGUCACCAAGACCUGGACAGGAGAUAACGGUCAGUGUCACCAAGACCUGGACAGGAGAUAACGGUCAGUGUCACCAAGACCUGGACAGGAGAUAACGGUCAGUGUCACCAAGACCUGGACAGGAGAUAACGGUCAGUGUCACCAAGACCUGGACAGGAGAUAACGGUCAGUGUCACCAAGACCUGGACAGGAGAUAACGGUCAGUGUCACCAAGACCUGGACAGGAGAUAACGGUCAGUGUCACCAAGACCUGGACAGGAGAUAACGGUCAGUGUCACCAAGACCUGGACAGGAGAUAACGGUCAGUGUCACCAAGACCUGGACAGGAGAUAACGGUCAGUGUCACCAAGACCUGGACAGGAGAUAACAGUCAGUGUCACCAACCUGGUACAAAUUCUAGUCGUAGUUCUUCAAAAUCAACGGUGAAUCGAUGUUUCAAAGGGUCACAAAAUACAAGGCCUCAUAAUUAUUUUGAAUGUACAGAAUUAUCAUAUUUGUACAUUUGAAUGACAUUCUGUGCUUUGUUAAAACAUUAUUUUGACUAUUGAAGGUCUCAUAAAUUUAUUUUGUUUUUUUUAUUAUGAUUGAAAGUAGUAAAAUAUCAACUGAUUCCAGCAGUUUUCACAAUUUGAGCAGAACAUCACAUGACCAGGACAUGACAUCACCAUGACAUAACAUGGCCAGGACAUAACAUCACAUCACCAGGACAUGACAUCACAUGACAAGGACAUAACAUCACAUGACAAGGACAUGACAUCACAUGACCAGGACAUGACAUCACAUGACCAGGACAUGACAUCACAUGACAAGGACAUAACAUCACAUAACCAGGACAUGACAUCACAUGACAAGGACAUAACAUCACAUGACCAGGACAUGACAUCACAUGACAAGGACAUAACAUCACAUGACAAGGACAUCACCAGGACAUAACAUCAGAUGACCAGGAGAUGACAUCAUAUUACCAGGACAUGACAUGACCAGGACAUAAUAUGACAUAACCAGGACAUCACAUGGCCAAUGUCAGGCUGACCUGAUGAAAUGGGUGUCGGAGUUAACAGUGCUGAGAUAAUUGGGAUCAGUGUUAGUGGUGUCAAACUAUCCCAGGAGUGCAUAUUAUGUUGGCGUUUUAUUAUUUUUGUGUGUAAUUUAGCAAUGGACUGGAUUGAGGAUUUUUUUUAAAAAUCUAAAUAGCUUGGUAUUGGUGUAUCUAUUAAUGUUUAAUGUUGUUUUGUGCUUUUAUUGUUUAAAUUGUUUCAAUUUUGUCUUUGUCUUUUAUUAAUUAGUGCAUGGUCAGUAUUCUUAAGUGCUGCAAUUUUAUCUCCUUUGAGUGUAGACAAG